AUGCGUGCUGGACUCCUUUCGCUUCUGGCCCUUAACGCCGCUGGCGUUUUGGCUGCUCCUCAGCCUACCACUGUUGACGCCUCUGCUCCUGAGGUUACAAACAUUGAUGAGGUCAAUGAUCUUGCUGCUGCCGCCUACAAGGCUGCCCAGAAGCUUGCUGGUGAUAAGACCAAGCGUGACAGCACCUGCAGCUGGAAGAACAUCCGUGUUAGACGGGAAUGGAACACCCUUUCCAAGUCUGAUAAGAAGUCUUACAUCUCUGCUGUCAAGUGUCUUCAGUCGCGACCUGCCAAAGGCCCCGAGUCUUUUGCUGCUGGAGCCAAGACUAGGUUUGAUGACUACGUCUCUAUCCACUUGAAUUCCACUCAGACUAUUCACUACACUGGUAAUUUCCUCUCAUGGCAUCGAUAUUUCACUUGGCUGUACGAGGAGGCUCUUCGAAACGAGUGUGGUUACAAGGGAACUCAACCAUACUGGGACUGGUCCCUCACUGCCAUCACCGGCCUUGCAAAAUCUUCCAUCUUCGAUGGCAGCGAAACCUCACUCUCUGGUGAUGGUGAGGACAUUGGCGAGCAAGAUGACAUUAUCCUCGGUGCCUCCAGCGGUCUUCCUCCCGUCUACCUCAAGACUGGUAACGGAGGUGGCUGUGUCACCUCGGGUCCCUUCAAGGACAUGAGCGUCAACCUUGGCCCUGCCGCCCUCGACCUUCCCGGUGGCCAGGUCGAGGCCAACCCUCAUCCUCUCGAGUACAACCCCCGUUGUUUGAAGCGUGAUUUGAGCGAUUCAGUCAACCGACGAUUCGCAAACGCAACGUCCGUUCUUAACAAUAUCCUCAAGCCCAAGAACGUUCUCGACUUCCAGAUGCAGAUGCAGGGUGUCCCCGGCACUGGUGACAUCGGUAUCCACGGUGGUGGUCACUACGCCAUGGGUGGUGACCCUGGUCGAGAUGUCUACACCUCCCCCGGUGACCCUGCCUUCUACCUGCACCACUCCAUGAUUGACCGUGUCUGGUGGAUCUGGCAAAUGCUUGACCCCUCGAACCGUAUCCUCGGAAAGGAUGCUCUUGCGGGCACUAACACCUUCCUCAACAUGCCUCCUAGCGCCGAGACCACUUUCGACGACUACGUCCGCCUGGGUUGGGUUGGACCUGAUAGACAGAUCAAGGAUCUCAUGAGCACACUCUCUGGCCCCUUCUGCUACGUCUAUUUGUAG